UGAAAUCCGAAGUGUCGGCGCCGACCCUCGCAGCGACCGCGCGGUGACGUGCGCACGCCGCUGUGAGUCAAGACACAAUGCGAGGAAAUCCCCAAGGCCGAGAGAACGGCGAGAGGGCCCUUUAAAUCGACGCUUCCUCGGUGUUGUGCCAAGAGAGAGAGCGAGAGAGAGAGAGAGAGAGAGAGAGAGAGAGAGAGAGAGAGAGAGAGAGAGAGCGCUGAUAAACAACAACACCGCUCUCAGAAGCCGCUUUUACCGGAUUCAGUUCCGUGCUGCGGCCUCGGUGAGGAAGAGGCUGCGAGGACUUUCUCUUCGGUUUUCCCCCCUCUCCUGCUUUCGCCUCGUCUGUUGUUUCAUACAUCUCGUUGUUGAAUGCCAUUGCGGAAGUGAGGCGCUUUUCCACUCGACUCGAAGCUCGGGGCUGUGCGGACAUCUAGCGGCCGAUCGGCAGAAGGCGCCUCACUCGGAGAUGUACGGAGCUUCAGGUAUCCCGGAGCUCAUCCCGCCCAGCGGGCCGCCGCGGCAGCCCGGCCCGGCGGGCCAGUUCAACCCGGGACACCCGCAGGUGAACGGCCACGGCGGCGGGGACAACCCGCAGAGACUCGGACAGAGGGCACCCAAGCUGGGUCAGAUCGGUCGGACCAAGAAAGUUGACUUGGACGACGAAGACUUGGACGACAUCAUGAACAACAACGGCCAGUGUCCGGUAUCCCUGUCGCCCAUCUCCUAAACUUCACAGAGAAGUGCCAAAAAGGGAAAGGAAAAAAAAA